GGCAACGAUGACAGAGGAAAAGGGGGGAACACUGGCAUGUUGUAAAGUCCACCGGAUACUGGGCUCCACAGUUUGCCUGGGAGCACCAGUGUCUCGAACAAGCUGCAGACGGGCACAGUAUGCCUUGAUAACAAUACAGAGGCCCAACGUUUGGACAGGAGAAACCCCAUCAGCACACCCAAGGUGCUGCCCUCUUAAAACUGUACUGCUGCCGUGGCUUGUCAUUGAGACAUGAUUAUUAUCUAGGAGUUCAAAUGUGGUUUUCCUUGAGAAGGAGAUGAAGAGGGAAUACUUGUGGUCAGUACGCUGAGUUUUUUUUUUUUUUUACUUUAAAGAUGUGGUUGCAGCCCCUAACCAAUCAAAGCAUGGGAAGUGUGGAAGUAGUGGAGGCAUGUGGAGUUGAAAAGAGGGGGUCUUUUUGAUUGACGUUCUGAAUGUCCUAUGGGGAUAAAGUAACGGAGCAGACGGGGUAGGGAACCCACCCAAAGGCAAUUAAGGGUAAAGGACGAAGAAAUUUGAUGAAACUUUUUCGCCAAAGAGAAAUCGUAGGGAUAGCCCCGAAAAUGACGGACAAGCACAUCAGUAUCAAGACACCGCAGUUUGUACGAUGAAACGUGAGGUUUUAAAGUUCUGCAAUGAGAAUGAAACUUCGUUAGAAGACGUUAAAGGAUCAACUGAAGUUUUUUUCUAUCUCCGCCAAGUAAGCUGGAACAAAGCAAUUGGAAAAGUUAUAUAAAGAGAGAUAAGUGAUUGAUAACUGCCAGUACAGUAUGAGUGAUAAGAAAAAUGUUUUACGCAAAUGCGAUAUUCAGCUCAUAGCGUUCCGUAUCGAGGACAAUCAAGAUCAAAUUCAAAUGAGAUAGAGGACGAGGGAAAAUUGAUCUCAGUUCUUUUUGGAGUCUCAGAAUAACAUUCGGACUCGUCGUGGGGAAGGUUUCCUGAAUUUUCUACAUCUACCGAAAAGGGAAUUGCACUGUUUACUGGUUUUAUCUCGCCUGUUGCGGGGAUGGGGGCAGCGCCAGGCUCGGGCUGGGAAGAGGGGGAGUUCGAGUUCAAGUUGGUGUUUGAGGAGGAUCAGACCCGCGGCCCAUCCCCGCUGCGCAAUGCCGACCGGGACCCCAGCUCUGAGGGGGAGAGGACGGAGAGAGCCCCUGUGCACCUUGACACAAGCAGCAACACUGAUACCUCCACACAUGUUGGCCAACCGCUGGGCAUCCCUUCCCCACCAAACUCCACCAGUCAGAGGGCAGGGAUGCAUUCUCCACCCCCGAGGAGAGCGCUGGUGCGGGAGUUUAGUGGGACGUAUGAGAGCCUUCCGGCAAGAUCCGUACAGGUGUCUGAGUCCAGGGUCCUUGAGUGCCCCAGUAUUCAGAUCACCACUAUUUCCCCUGAGGAUGACUCGACACUGGCAGGAGGGGGUAACUGGGACACUGGUGGCGGUUGGGACAGGGAGCGCCUCUACCUGCCACUGUUGGACCCCUUCUGUUACCGUGACGGCAUGAUGGGGGCGGGGUCCCUGAGCCCCAGCCCGGCCUCCAGUCCCUCGUCCCGUGGCUGGCUCAGCCCGGCCUCCAGCUGCGAUUCGCUGUUGGCCGAGGAGGAGGAGCUGAAUGAGGCCACGUCCCACUUCUGCCUGUCCCCUUCCUCACGCCCCACCUCCCCCGGGGGCAAGAAGCGCAGGAACUCCCCCUGUGCCUCCCCGUGUACCUCACGCAGGGGCAGCUACUCUGAGGAGCACCCCUCAGCCCUGGAGACGGGGCAAGGGGACCCACAGAGCCAGGCGCCAGGCAGCGGCUGUGAGCUCAACAUCCCCCAGAAGACAAGGAAGACCUCCCUGGAGCAGCUCUCAUCCAGAGAGCUGGAGCAGGACCAUGUACCCCCUGCUCAGACCUCCCCGUGUCCGCUGCCAGAGCCGCGGGGGCUGAGGCGGGAGCUCCCCUCUCUGGGGAUGGACUACUUGUCAGUGCCUCCUGCUCUGGGCUGGGGUAGGACCAGAGCCAGUGCACACAGCCCCCUGUUCAGGUCAAACGCUCUGCCUCCACUUGAUUGGCCACUGCCCUCUCAGUUUGAUCAGUACGAGCUGCGCAUUGAGGUGCAGCCCCGGCCCCAUCACAGAGCCCACUAUGAGACAGAGGGCAGUCGGGGUGCAGUCAAGGCAUCGCCAGGAGGGCAUCCCGUGAUCAAGCUUGUUGGGUAUACAGAGAGACAGCCCCUCUCUUUGCAGGUGUUUGUAGGAACCGCUGAUGACAGGUCCAUCCGACCGCAUCCAUUCUAUCAGAUUCACCGAGUUACUGGGAAAAUGGUCGGCACUGCCAGUCAGGAGAGUAUCCAGGCUGGGACUAAACUGCUUGAUAUCCCACUGAACCCAGAGACCAACAUGACUGCUUUAAUUGAUUGUGCGGGUAUUCUGAAGCUGAGAAAUUCCGACAUUGAGCUCAGGAAAGGAGAGACUGAUGUAGGGAGGAAGAACACACGUGUGCGUCUUGUCUUCCGCACACACAUUCCGCUGGCUCCGCCGCUAGCUCCUCCCGGACGGGUACUCGCCUUGCAGGUGGCGUCUUUGCCAAUUGAAUGCUCUCAGCGCUCGGCUCAGGAGCUCCCGGUGGUGGAAUCGGUGAGCCUGACGUUGUGCUCCGUGGAGGGGGGAGAGGAGCUGCUGCUUGCUGGCACCAACUUCCUGCCCACCUCCCGCGUUCUCUUUACGGAGAGAGGUUCAGAUGGAAAGCUUCAGUGGGAAGAGGAGGCUCAUGUAGAUCAUGAUAAAAGCAAUGAGUGCCUGCUGUGUGUCCGAGUGCCACCCUACAGCGACCAAUCAGUGGGCCGCCCUGUGCCUGUCUGCCUGUUUGUGUCCAAUGGGAAGAGGAAAAGGAGCAGCAGUCACUGCUUCAAGUACCUGCCAAUCAUGUAUGAAGAAGAGGACCCCCUCCUGUCCCAUCCCUCAGUGCUGCCUCUGGAGGGGGUGGGCCUCGGCCCCUUUGGGGGCUCGGGGGGGUCAGACAGGGGCCUGCACCUGAGAGGGGACACUCCCAUGGAUGAGCGAGGCCUGGGCUUCCACCUGCCCCCUUACCCAAGUGACUUUUCUUACUCAGGGCAAAACACGUGA